ACCACCGCCCAAAACAUCUCUCCUCAGUCCUCACAGUACUUUCUCUUUCAUCUAGAGAGAGAGAGAGAUUGGGGUUUUAAUAUAUUAAUGGCGGUGGCGAAAGGAGAAAUGGAGCAGCAAAACAAACAAAGUUUGAGUGAAUUAAUGUUUUCCGAACCCAUGAAGAAAGCAACCAAACUGUUAGUUUCAGUUUCUUUGUUUUCCGUCAUCGUUUCCUACAUGUCAUGGCGCAACUCGCAUCCCCUUCUUGCAUUCCCGAUCCAGGUUCUCAGCCUCGCCCUCGACAAGAACUACAUGUUCCUCGUUUGCAACGGAAUCCUCGUACUCCUCGCUAAAACAUCCGGCCGCCUCGUCCUACGUUCUGGUCCCGCAGUUUUCGACGAUCUCAUCCACGGCGACGACGUUCACUCUCCACCCCCGCAUGCAAAACUGCUGGAUUCCUUGUUACACAAGGAAGCAGCCAUGGAAAGUCGUCUUCUUCUUCUUCAAAAUGCUUAUUCUGACGUCCUAGAAGAAGAAGAAGAAGAAGAAGAAAAGCACGUGAUUAUUGAAGAAGAAGAAGAAGAAAGAGAAGAUGAGGAUUCGAGAAGUUUAAUGAUCGUGGGAGACAAGGAAGAGAUGGAAGGAGAUGAUCAUGAUCAUGAGGAGCUUGAGGAACUCAACAAUAAUGAGGUUUUCACUGAAGCAGCUGAGAAAGAAGUGGCGGAAGAAAGAGAGAGGUUAAACAAGUUAAGCCCGGAGGAGUUGAACAAGAAGUUUGAAGAAUUCAUUAGGAAGAUGAAGGAAGACAUUAGGAUUGAAGCUCAGCAGCACUUAGUGCUGGUCAAAUGAUCGAUUCUUGUUAUUUCCGAUCUAAUAAGUUACAUUAAACUGUGUACUAAGUACUUCCACCGGUAGUAUUAGUUCACCGCAGGUUGUAUAAUUUUUGCCAGUUUUAAGGCUGUUAAUAUAAGCUAGCUCAUUAAGCUAGCUAAUAUGACUAUUAUUAUGGUUUAUAAAUUAUCCUAUGUAUGUGCAAGUUGUUGUUUGCUUAUACUCUCUCUACCUGAUCUGCAAGAAACGACAGGCACCCAUAUAUAUUGGAGCACAUCAAAUGAUGUUUAGAUGUUAAGUACGUUAAUUAUUGGUCAGACAAUUUGUUGGUUUGUGGUCUGUGGGCUGCUUGGAAUUGGAGUUUUCACACAUAAAUGAUAA